AUGGUCGCCAACGUACAAGACAAGCAUGUGGAGCUUGACAAGAAGAAGAACAGCUCUGGUGGCAGUCGGGGUGCUGAUCCUCUUCUUCCUGCACAGUGUGCUCUUCUCUCACGCCGUCCAGACUAUCUGACACAUCCAGUAACAUACAAUGCUACUUUCAUCCCCCAUGCCGCUUUUCAACCUCCCGAACCGCUACCACAUCGUUACUCGGACACGAUUGACACGUUUUCAUCCUACAAGUAUCGCAACACCUGCAACAUCUCGUCGUUGGAUCUCCAUGCGCCAUUCGCUCCCUUAUGUCCAGACCGCGAGUCCAUGGUAACGGCGAUGUCUUCCGGAGGUCGCAUUGGCAAUGACGCGCCCUAUAUGCCUCGAGGCUGUGACAUGCGUUGGUUUUCGACGGAGGAGAUCUGUGAGAUCUUGGCCCGAUUUGAGAAGGUCAUCAUCAUUGGGGACAGCAUGAUGCGCCACGUUAUUGGGAGUAUCAACGUGAUGAUCAGGGAAGAUCUUGGCUACGGCGCUGUAACUGACUGGAACUUCUCACCUGAAGAAAGGAAGGACUGCUUCUGCAACUACCAAUUCAAUGUCAAAGCCUGCUCCAUCCAGGGGAUUUUCAAGACAGCCGACGUCGUAAGAAACGAUCCAGAUAGCAUUGCCUGCCCCGUCAAUUCAAUCGAUGUCAUGAUCGAACAGAUGAUUCGCUUCCCCAUCGCUUCUGAAGAACUAGACCGCCUGCGCUCUCUCCUCCCCGCCACCAAGCCGUCUCGGCCCUACGCAUUCAUCUUCGGCCAUGGACUGUGGAAUGAUCUCGACCUGCAGGCUACCCUUGAUUGGCUGGAUACGAUCCUUGAUACAGUGCUGAGCCAAGCUCCUUGGGUGUCUCCCUCAUCAUCCCUAUCCUCGUCGGGAUCUUCGACGAGCCAUGGGCGGAAACGGGAGACCGGCUUCUGGCCAAGACUGUUUUUGACGCCUAACGCCCCGGGGAAAGACAAGCCAGAUGAGUGGAUUAUCACUCAGGGAAACAAAGCAACCAUGAUUUUUGAGGAGUCUGUCGGGAUCGAGGUUCGGAAAAGAGGGCUGGAACAUUUGGGAACGUGGAAUGCGACUGUGCAGAGCAACAAGUUUGAUGGGGUGCACGUUGAUUUGAGAGGUAACCUGGUCAAGGCUAUGAUGGUGAUGAACUGGCUGAGUAUGCUGGAGGUGGAGAGCUUUUAA